AUGGUUGUGGAAGUACCUCGGUGGACAAAUGCUAAAAUGGAGAUUGCCACGAAGGAACCAUUGAAUCCCAUUAAACAAGAUGUGAAGGAUGGCAAGCUUCGCUAUGUGGCAAAUAUCUUUCCUCACAAGGGUUAUACAUGGAAUUAUGGUGCCCUCCCUCAGACUUGGGAAGAUCCCCAUCGAAAAGAUAAGAGCACAGACUGCUGUGGAGAUAAUCAUCCCAUUGAUGUUUGUGAAAUAGGCUCAAAGGUUCUUUCUCGUGGAGAAGUUGUUCAUGUGAAGAUUCUUGGAGUUUUGGCUCCUAUUGAUCAGGGUGAAACAGAUUGGAAGUUAAUUGCUAUCAAUGUGAAUGAUCCUGAAGCCUCAAAGUUUCAUGAUAUUGAAGAUGUUAAGUACAAACCUGGUUACUUAGAAGCUACGCUUAAUUGGUUUAGAUUUUAUAAGAUACCAGAGGGAAAACCGGAAAACCAGUUUGCUUUUAAUGGAGAAUUCAAGAACAAGGCUUUUGCUCUUGAAAUCGUUAAAUCUACUCAUGUAUGUUGGAAAGCAUUACUUAUGGACAAGUGUGAUGGCGGGGCUAUAAAUUGCACAAAUGUGCAGGUAUGUGAUAGCCCUUUCCAUUGCUCUCAAGAGGAAGCAAGAUCAUUAGUUGAAUCGGUGUCGUUUUCAUUGAAUAAAGGAAGUAAUGAAGAAGAUCAAGUAUGGCACUUCCUUGGCCAGUGA